GCGCAGGGGACGGUAGCUGAAGCUGUCAUGGCGGCCUGCGGCUGGAGGCUCCUGGAGCAGACGGGUGUGAGGGCCCUCGCUACGGCGUCCGCCGCCCGGCCCGCAGCGCGCUGCCGGUGCUUCUCUUCCUCUGGACUUCUGAGGGCUAACAAUGGAGAACCUGCAAAAUUUCAGCCACCUCCAAAGCCAGUUAUUGUUGACAAACAUAAAGAGGUUGCAGAGAGAAGGUUCUUGAGUCCUGAAUUUAUUCCCCCAAGAGGGAGAACAGAUCCUCUUAAAUUCUAUAUUGAAAGAACUGACAUGAUACGAAGGCGAAAAGUGCUCGACAUUCCAGAGUUCUAUGUCGGAAGCAUCCUUUCUGUUACCACAGCAGAUCCAUAUGCCAGUGCCAAAACCAGCUGUUUUGUAGGAAUUUGCAUUCAAAGAGGAGGAAAAGGACUUGGUGCUACCUUUGUGCUUCGGAAUAUUAUAGAAGGGCAGGGUAUUGAGUUUUGCUAUGAACUGUACAAUCCUCGAAUCCGGGAGAUCAAGGUUUUGAAGCUGGAGAAGAGACUAGAUGACAACCUGAUGUAUUUACGGGACGCUCUUCCUGAAUAUAGUACUUUUGAUGUUAACAUGAAACCUGUGCCCCAUUCAGCUAAUGAUGAAAUUCCUGUAAACCAGCUGAAAGUCAAAAUGAAACCUAGACCCUGGACAAAACGUUGGGAACGACCAAAAUUUAACAUUCAAGGAAUCCACUUUGAACUACCUGAAGAAAUGAUGAAAGAAGCACAAAAGUGGAGCGCACCCUGGAUAAAGUUCGAUAUGCUGCGAGAAUACGAUACUUCAAAAUUAGAGAAAGAAAUAUGGAAAGAAGUGAAUGAAGAGCUAAAAAAAUGAUACUGCUUUUAUACAGCAGAUGACUGAGGAGAGAGGCCACCUGAAUUUUUUAAAUAUAAUUCCUCAAUUGUGUAAGACUUGUAUAUAGUCAGAAUGUACAAUAAAGUAGUACAUUUGUAUAUAUACAGUGCAGUGAUUUUUAAGCUCCUUUAGUUCCCACUUUUGAGUAGGGGCAGUGAGUCCCAUUGUCUUCAGUAACAUCUUGAGAAAUUAUCUUACCAAAGUAGUAUGUCCAGCCCCCUUUUCCAGGCACUCAGUCUUUACAGUAACAAAACAAGCCUUCACUGCUACACUUUUCAUGUUACUCGUUUGACAACAGACCAUAAACACCUUGCUGGAUACACCACUAGUAGUUGCGGAGGGGGAAAUGUUACUUUGAAUAGUCUGACACAUGCAAGACCAUGGAAGCUUUAAAGGGACAGGUGUGGCCAGGGACUAGUCAAACUUUUCUAUUCCUAAAGGUUGUAUGUAUCAGUCUGAGCUAGGAAUUGCAUGUUCAGUUUAUCAGCAAGAAAACUGGCUGGCAGUGAGGGCAGUAAUUAGAUCUCAGGACAAGUAAACAACUCCAAACUAGUACUACUAGCUGAAUUGCAUGCUCUGGUUCAGUCUGGGUUCAAGAGCAAACAAAGAGCUUUAAGAAUAAAAGGUCAGACUCAACUGAGUCAUAUCCUUCUUUGAUUCCAA